AUGGACCCAAUAUUUUACACUUUUCUAGGUAUAGGAAUAGGAUUUUUUGGAUCUUAAAUUGUUAUGAAUAAUGUUUUAAAUAAUAAGUAGAAUAAGAAUCCAUAAUAGAAUUAACCUACCAAGAAAUUCAUACCCUCAACUCCUGAUUUUAAAAAGGUUUUUCAAUAAAAUCAAAUCCCUUAAUAAAUCAAGGGACAAAUUGAAUUAGAUGAUUAAAUUAGAAAAAUAAUAAAAAUUUAGUCUACUCCAGUUGAAUUGGAUACAGAUAGUUAAUUUUCAUAUGCUUAAGAUUAAGAAAAUAAUAAACCAAACCAAUAAAAUAUUUCUGACCAUUAUAUGUAACCUUAAACUCCAAAUUUUUAAAAUACAGCUCAAGCUAAACCCAAUAUUAAAUUAUUAGUUACUGAUGACUAAAUACAAUAAAUUGUCACAUCCCCUCUAAUUUUAAAAUAAAAUAAAUUUAGCACUUCUUGUAAGUUUCUAUUAUAAUAACUUAAGAAAAUAACUAUCCUUAGACUACCUAAUCAUUUAGCCAUACUGAAUCAUCAGGAUAAAAUAGUGAUAAAGAUGAAUGA